AUGGGGUGUGGAAGAAAUUCUCACAGAACCCUGAAAAUCUGCUGUGGUGUCACUACCAUUUUCCUCAUCACUGUCAUAGUGGUGGCAGUUGUCUUGUUCUUCACCGUUUUAAAGCCUAAAGACCCCAAAAUAAUAGCUCAGCCUGUUGGCCUGGAAAACUUUAAACUACAAGUACUGCCAGUUUUCGGGCUAAACGUCACAUUAGGGAUAUUGGUCACGGUUGAUAAUCGUAACUAUGGAAGCUUUAAGCACGAGGCAAGCACUGCUUAUGUGAGUUAUCGUGGGAAUGUCGUGGCUGAAACUCCGAUAGAAGAGGACACAAUUCCUGCUCGUCAGAAGCACAAUAUAAGCACAUCCGUGGAAAUCACUGCAGAUAAGUUAUUAACAAAUCUUGAUUUUUGGUCUGACUUUGCUAUUGGGAUCCUGAAUUUUACUUCGGCAACUACCCUGCAUGGGAAGGCCAGCCUAUUGAAGCUGUUCAAGACGAAAGUUACCAGUUAUACCACCUGUGACAUCUCUAUCUUCAUUCAAACCAAGAGAGCUGAUUCUGUUUGCAAAUCGAGGGUCAAGCUAUAA